ACAUUGGUUCUUUGACAUAAGCAUUAGCAUUUUAUCAUUUAAGUACGUGGUUAAAAGUCGUAAUAAAUAAUAAUAGCACACGCUAGAGAAAAAAAAAAAAUUAAAAUAAUCGAAGUGUGAAGUUUUUGGAAAUAGUAAUGUUUACAAUUUUAUUACUACUGCUAUUUGUCAAUUUGUCGUGUUCUUUAGAGAACAGCGAAAAAUAUAAUUCUACAGAUGGUAUAUUGUGUCGUUUUUGCGGUAGUCACCUUUUAAGUUCGGACAAAAUUACUUCUAAACACAGUCCAACGGCUUUGUACACAUUCAAUGAUACAUUAUUUAAUAGAAAUGAAGUAUUAGUGCAGCUAUUAUCGAAAGACGGUUUUUUGCAAAUUCCUGUGAUAACGUCGAGUCAAAGUACUUGCGUUGGACAAGAAGAGUGGGAAGAGAAAGAAAUAUGGUUUCCAGGAUAUACUUGGAAACCAUGUUUCUGUCCUGAAUGUGGGAUUUUAAUUGGCUGGAUGUUUGAACAUCAUAACCCAAAAAUAGUUGAAGCUCAUGACCAAUUCUUUGGCCUUAUAUUGGGCAAUCUGAUUAGUGAAAAUUUUACAAAUUCCCUCAUUAAAUACCCAAACAGUUUUUUAUAAAUAUGGAUGUCAAAGAUUUAUGCGAUGAAGAUAGAGAGUUCUUAGAAAAAUGUGAAGAAGAAUUUAAAGACAGGUUUACUGAAAAAGAUGAGGAAUUCAUGAAAGUCUUCAGCAAAGAACCAUCUACACCACCAAUAUUGGAGAAA